AUGGACAGCGGCACGAGCACAGGAGCGGGAGAGAACAGCGGAAAUGAGAAUAAAUCGAUAAUCGUAGUGGGGGCGGGCCUGGCUGGCUCCCUGCUGGCGGUCUACCUCGCGAAGCGAGGCUACAAGGUCGAUGUUUACGAGCGACGAGAAGACAUCAGAACUGCAGAGAUCGUUGAAGGUCGAUCGAUCAAUCUUGCGCUCAGCACGAGGGGACUCACGGCGCUCGAGAAGGCGGGAAUGGGCCACAUCGGCCGUCAGCUCGGCACGCCGAUGUACGGUCGCAUCAUCCACGCACAGGAGGAGGAUCCCAAGCUCCAAUUCCAGCAAUACGGCGUCGAUCCCAAGCAGCACCUCAUGUCCAUCUCGCGUACGGUCCUCAACGAGCGGCUCAUCACCGCGGCCGAGGAGUACCCUCUCGUCAAGUUCCAUUUCAAGCAUCGAUGCCUCAAGACCGAUUUCGCCAAGACCUCCAUCCAAUUCCUCAAUGAGGAGACCGGCGAGACCGUGACCGCCACCGCCGACGUCAUCUUGGGCUCCGACGGUGCGUACUCAUCUGUCCGCGCGGCCCUGCAGAAGACGCAGUACUUCAACUUCAGCCAGUACUUCCUCGACCACGCCUACAAGGAGCUGACCCUGUCGCCCGCCGCCGACGGUAGCUACCAGCUACCGAGCAACGGCCUGCACAUCUGGCCGCGCGAGAACUUCAUGCUCAUCGGCCUGCCCAACCUCGACAAGUCGUUCACCAUCACCCUCUUCAUGCCCGUCAAGAUGUUCGAGUCCCUCCAGACCAAGGAGGACGUGCGCCGCUUCUUCUCCAUCUACUUCCCCGACGCUCUCCGCCUCAUGCCCAACGUGCCCGACCAGUACUUUGCCAACCCGACGGGUUCGCUGGUGUGGAUCAAGUGCGACCCCCACCACAAGGACCACGUGGCCAUCUUGGGCGAUGCUGCGCACGCCAUGGUCCCCUUCUACGGCCAGGGAAUGAACUGCUGCUUUGAAGAUGUCCGAGUGCUGGACGAGCUGCUCGAGAAGUACAACGACGAUUGGGAUCAGGUUCUCCCCGCAUUGACGGCCACGAGAACGAAGAACACCGAUGCCAUCUGCCAGCUGUCGUACCGCAACUACAAGGAGAUGAGCUCCCACGUCAGCCACGCUGACUAUCUGUUGAGGAAGAAGUUCGACACGAUGAUGAACUACUUCUUCCCCGCCUCGUGGAUCCCUCUCUACUCCAUGGUCACCUUCAGCAACAUUCCCUACAGCGAGGUGAUCGAGCGUUCGGAGUGGCAGGAUCGGGUGGUGGGCAAGAUCAAGACCGCGGCGCCCGUCGUGGCCCUCGGCGCCGCGAGCCUGCUCGCCCUCUACUUCCCGCGAUCGCGCGCCUUCGUCCGCCAGGCCCUCACCAACCUCGCUGACCGACUCUGA